GCCGCUCGCCGCCGGCCGAGGCGGGGAUUCCGGCCCCGGGAGCCCAGUUAGACGGUGGGGCCUGCGAUUUCACGGCGGGGGAGGCGAUGAUAGGUCAAAGUGUGAAAUUCCCUGGCGCUGUCCUUUGUGGAAACUGAAAAUGUCUGUCCCUGGACGUUCCUAAAGCUUUCCGGUUGUCCCUGUGUGGAGCGCGGAGCGUUAUCUGCACCGAAGCAGGAGAGCUGUCGCUGUAGACGAACCUCACUUAACAGCACCGCUCUUUGAGUUUUAGGCAAAGGUUAUGGAUUUGGGGAGAAUGACCACAGAGGUGAAGUGCCGUCUCAUCACAUCAUGUGAAAGGAAAUCCCAUCAAAAACAGAUGUUAUUUCAGCAGGAGUUGACACAGUGACUACAAUUGGGUGUGAAGAUAUCAAAGAAUCGUCCUCUUGUACAGAAGUAAUGGAUUUCCUCACUGCCCUCCCGUUCUCUUUGUGAACUACAACAUGCAUUUUCCAAGAAGUUGAGUGAAACUAAGAUCCGGUUGGUGGCCACUACACAGAGCAAAGCUCGUCUCUGGAUUUAUCGGCCUGUCAUGCAGCAAGAAGUAUGAGUCCGGACUCAGUAACAAAUUUUGGUGAAGCUAGCCAGGAGCCUGCUGCCGCCCUGGUUGUGGAAUUUUGGGGUAAGGCCCUAGCAGCUGCUGGGACCACUUGUUCAGAGAAUCUUCCCUUUAAAGUUUCCUGAAGCAGCACCAGCUGCCCCAGCGCUUGGCAGUUAAGGAAUCGAUAGAUGGGAGUUGACAGGCUCAGUACAUAGAGAACACGUAGCGACUCCGAAGAUCAGCCCCAAUGAACAUGUCAGUGUUGACUUUACAAGAAUAUGAAUUCGAAAAGCAGUUCAACGAGAACGAAGCCAUCCAAUGGAUGCAGGAAAACUGGAAGAAAUCUUUCCUGGUUUCUGCUCUGUAUGCUGCCUUUAUCUUUGGCGGUCGGCAUGUCAUGAACAAGCGUGCGAAGUUUGAACUGAGGAAGCCAUUAGUGCUGUGGUCUCUGAGCCUUGCAGUGUUCAGUAUAUUCGGUGCUCUUCGAACUGGUGCUUAUAUGCUGUACAUUUUGAUGACCAAAGGCCUGAAGUAUUCAGUUUGUGACCAGGGUUUUUACAAUGGACCUGUCAGCAAAUUCUGGGCUUAUGCAUUUGUGCUGAGCAAAGCACCCGAACUAGGAGAUACAAUAUUCAUCAUUCUGAGGAAGCAGAAGCUGAUCUUCCUGCACUGGUACCACCACAUCACUGUGCUCCUCUACUCCUGGUACUCCUACAAGGACAUGGUGGCCGGGGGAGGCUGGUUCAUGACCAUGAACUAUGGCGUGCACUCGGUGAUGUACUCUUACUACGCCUUGCGAGCGGCAGGGUUCCGAGUGUCCCGGAAGUUUGCCAUGUUCAUCACCUUGUCCCAGAUCACUCAGAUGCUGGUGGGCUGUGUCGUCAACUACCUGGUCUUCCACUGGAUGCAGCAAGACCAGUGUUACUCUCACUUUCCGAACAUCUUCUGGUCCUCGCUCAUGUACCUCAGCUACCUUGUGCUCUUCUGCCACUUCUUCUUUGAGGCCUACAUCGGCAAGAUGAGGAAAGCCACCAAGGCUGACUAGGAUGGGCGCUGAGGAGGAAGCCAUAGCUCAGGGUCAUCAAGACAAAAAUAAUAGACAAAAGAAAAAAAUGGCACAAGGAAUCACAUAUGGUGCAGCUAAAACACAACAAGACAUAUGAGCAAACACAAACCCCAAGGCAGCUUAGAGAGAAUUAGGUUGCCCUGACCCAGUAAGUUUAUGAUCCUUUUUGGGUGAGAACUCGCUGAGGACACCUCCAUCUCCAAGGACUGCUGCUGGAAGACCCCAUCUCUCUUUACCUGUCAACUCUAGGACAAAUGAGAAACGAAAGUGGGCCCGAGGCAGAGAGAGAGAAAUAGAAGGCAAACAAAAGCUAUUAACAUAUCUGAAAACAAUGGGUUUACUAAGUGGUAUAUUUCUCUAAGGAUCAAAGAAGUUUAUUUUAGAAACUGCGAGCACACACACACACACACACACACACACACACCCACCCCAUCCUUUCUAGUCUUGUUCAACACUAAACUGGAGCCAAGAGAAAAGAUACAAAUGGAGGAAAGACAGGGUGUAUAGAAUGAUCAUGCUUUUGGCAGAAGCGAAAGCCUUUCUAGGAGAGGUUAGUAGCUGUAGCCCCCAUGAGAAACGAUGUCUUAAUCACCUGAGGAAAUGGAUAGAGACAACCCUCUUUCAACCCAGAGAAAGACUUGUUUCCCUUCAUCGCACAGCCUCCGUCUAGCGAGUUUGCCAGCACCACACGGGGCACGAUACUUCCCCAAGAUCCUUCCCGGGAGGAGGGAAGCAAGGGAGCCCAGGUCCCCCCCAAAGGGCUGCUCCAUCGCAGCGCCUUCCUGAGAGCUUAGCUGCCCUUUCUACUCCUAAAGGGGGGGGGGGGCGGGGGGCUCUCCCAGGUUCCGUUGCCUCAGCCUUUCAAGCAGAAGAGUAAAUAUAGGAUAGAAAAGAUAAACCUCAACCCCAUGACUUGCAAAAUGGACUCUGUACAGCUUGUGAAAAGGUGCAGCAGGGUUACCAUACUAGAACUGGAAAAGAGCAAAGGAGGGAGGGAGCCAAAGCUCCCUAGGACAGAAACUGAUUCCCUAUUUGACUUCACCCUCAUUCAUACCUUUCCAAGUAACACCCUGUGGUACAGUCCAUGUUUUCUAUAUUUUUGUGAAUUUCCAAAACAAAAAGCCCUGCAGGACUCUUCCUGAAAGCGGGCAAACACUGUGUUUCUGCAUCAUCUACAGUUGCUCUCCGAGUGAUGUAGAGGUGCUUAAAGUGCCCUCUGCUGGUCAAGUGGAGAUACUAACACUUCGUGCUGAAUUUCAGUGGAACAGUUGACAACAAAAGGCCCCUUUUAGUCUUCAAAUUUUCAGUGACAUAAAAUAGUCAUCAUCUCUUUGGCCAAAUUGGAAGACGUUCUUCCUGCUUCAAGUCAGCUUCAGAAAUUUUUUAAAAGGGACUUUUGCUCUGGAACUAAGAAAAUUUAUUAAGAGCCAUAUUCUUAAAUAAAAAAAAAGCUAGAUAAUAUAUCUGUAACAUUUCAGUCCUUUACAAGCCAAAUAAAUGCGUACACAUUCCUAGUAUUUCAAAGAAGCAAUUAUGUAAAGUUGUUCAAUGUGAUAUAAUAGUAUUCCAAUUGGUUAAAUAGCUUCAUGAUUAGACAAACUAGAUGAAAAGGGUAGGGGCUGUGACACCUGCAUAGAUUAUACACACAUAGCCACACAUAUAUCCACACAGAUGUGAGGUACACAGAACUUCAAAGCCCAAACUAAUAGAAACACAUUUUCUGGCUAGCAGAAAAAGCUUUUGUCUAUCUUUCUUGCUUUAUUUGAGAGUGUACAGAAAAGGGAUUUUUCAAAUUAUUUUUAUAUUAUUUUAGCUUUAAGUGUGCUGUCAUUCAUGAAACAGAGACGCUUUUGCUUCUCUGUCAGAGAUGACAAGGGCCUUCUCGACCUCUCUCGGUUAUGUGUGGAGUUUCAAAGAAUAAAGUUUUAUUCCAUUCUGUGUGAA